CUUGGAAUUUACUUUCCAAUUUUGAUGAAGUUCAACCUGUAACUAUCGCAAGGUUUCAUUAUUUUGCAUCCACACAGCAGCUCAAGAAGCAAGAACAAUUGUCGAUCGAAUCAUUGUUAAAGCUUAAGGGAUCUUCAUUUUUGUCGCUCAAUCUACCUCACCUUGAUUUGAUUCUUACUUCUGAGCUUGCUGUUGAAUAAUGGAUAUAACCACUUUGAAUCGAGGGCAACUCACACUAAUGGGAUCUGCAUUCUGUACGAUGCUUACAAUGCAUUUUACAAUGCAGCUCCUAUCUCAGCAUCUUUUUUACUGGAAAAACCCAAAGGAACAGAAGGCCAUAAUAAUUAUUAUCCUUAUGGCUCCAAUAUAUGCCAUUGACUCAUUUGUGGGUUUGUUGGAUGUUCAGGGGAGUAAGGCAUUCUUCAUGUUUUUGGACUCCGUUAAGGAAUGUUAUGAGGCUUUGGUGAUUGCCAAGUUCCUGGCUUUGAUGUACAGUUACCUGAAUAUAUCCAUCAGUAGAAAUAUUGUGCCAGAUGGAAUAAAAGGAAGAGAAAUUCACCAUUCUUUCCCAAUGACACUUUUCCAGCCUCGCACUGUCCGGCUGGACCACCAUACCCUGAGGCUCCUCAAAUAUUGGACAUGGCAAUUUGUUAUCAUUCGCCCAAUAUGCUCGAUUUUGAUGAUAACACUGCAAAUUCUUGGGAUUUAUCCCUCUUGGUUGAGUUGGACAUUCACCAUUAUCCUCAACAUUUCUGUUUCUCUGGCACUGUAUUCUCUAGUAGUGUUUUACCAUGUGUUUGCAAAGGAGUUGGCACCACACAAUCCACUUGCCAAGUUCAUGUGCAUCAAGGGGAUUGUCUUCUUUUGCUUUUGGCAGGGAGUGGUGCUUGACGUACUAGUUGCCUUGGGUGUAAUUCGAUCUCAUCAUUUCUGGUUGGAUGUGGACCACAUUGAGGAAGCUUUUCAGAAUGUCUUGGUAUGUUUGGAGAUGGUUGUAUUCUCUGUUCUCCAACAGUAUGCAUACCAUGUUGCGCCUUAUAGUGGAGACGUGGAAACAAAGAUGAAACUAAAUAAAAAAGAAUGAUAUGACUGGACUUCUAUAGUGUGGAUGCAACAUGUUAUAUAUGCAUAUGGAACAUGUUAUAUGUGCAUAUGGAACAUCUAGUUGAUUGUUUGAUUCUACUGUGAGAAAAAAGGGACAGAUGUGCCUUAAAAUUUGAUUCAACGUCCAUGUAAAAUUGCACUUCGUUAAGUAGAAUGGCAUUUUAUGUUUGCUAA